GCAGAGCGCGACGCGAGGACACAAGAGGAGGAGCCAGGAGCCGUCUAGCCACCAAGCCAGGGGUCCCCAGCAUUUGGUGGAGGUGGCCAUGGGGAAGCGCUACUUCUGUGAUUACUGUGACCGCUCCUUCCAGGACAACCUCCACAACCGGAAGAAGCACCUGAAUGGGCUGCAGCACCUCAAAGCCAAGAAGGUGUGGUACGACAUGUUCCGAGAUGCAGCCGCCAUCUUACUGGAUGAACAGAACAAGCGACCCUGCAGGAAAUUCCUGCUGACAGGCCACUGCGACUUUGGUUCCAACUGCAGAUUUUCCCACAUGUCGGAACAAGAUCUACAGGAACUGAGCAUCCAGGUGGAGGAGGAGAGGCGGGCCAGAGAAUGGCCCGUGGAGACUGCUGAGCUUUCCGAGGUCCACCUGGAGGACUGGCUGGAGAAGAGAGCUAAAAGACUGAGCUCAGCUCCAAGUAUCAGGGCUGAACCCAUCAGAACCACUGUCUUCCAGUACCCCGUGGGCUGGCCGCCCAUGCAGGAGCUGCCCCCCUCCCUGCGGGCACCCCCACCUGGAGGAUGGUCCUUACAGCCCAGAGUCCAGUGGGGCUGAGCUCUCCUCAACUCCCCUCCUGACCCCAACUGGCCACCUGUCAGUCAGAGUAAAGACAAUUGCUCCACCUAGGAGGUAGAGCUGCCUUCCCGCUGUUCCCCCUGGGGCUUCUGAGACUAGGAGCUGGGGCUUCCCCCCCCCCCCCAGCCCUCAGGGCAUAUCUUGAGGAGACGGGUGAGAAACAUCCAGAUGUUUAUAAAGAAAGUCUGUCCUCGUU